AUGGCUAAGGCGUUGUUGUUCUUAUUUUUUCUGUCUGGGCUUCUGCUCCUUGUUCAGGCACUACAACAUCAUAACAAAAUUGGCUUUUAUGAACUGAAGAGAGGAGAUUUCAAGCUGAAUUUGACAAAUUACGGUGCUACAAUUAUGUCUGUAGUAACCCCUGAUAAACACGGGAAACUAGCUGAUAUUGUUCUUGGCUAUGACUCCAUUGAUUCUUACAAGAAUGAUACAGUUUACUUCGGUGCCCUUAUUGGUCGAGUGGCGAAUAGGAUUGGAGGAGCUAAAUUCACUUUGGAUGGCAAAACCUACAAUUUACCCGCUAAUGAUCACGGGAACACACUUCAUGGUGGUAACAGAGGCUUCAGUGACGUUGUAUGGUCUGUGGAAUCCCACAAGAAAUACAGUCAUGUAACAUUUACCUACGACAGUUAUGAAAACGAGCAAGGUUUUCCUGGAAAACUUAAGGUCACAGUGACUUACAUGCUCAUUGGAACACACGAAUUGGCUGUGAAAAUGAUUGCCAAGCCAGUGGACAAAGCCACACCAGUGAAUCUAGCGCAGCAUACUUACUGGAACCUUGGGGGCCACAACAAUGGUGACAUUCUUUCUCACAUUGUUCAGAUCUUUGGUUCGCACAUCACAGCAGUGGACAAGCUUCUCAUUCCCACUGGCGAAAUCAUAUCUGUAAAGGGCACUCCAUAUGAUUUCCUUGAACCAAAGAAAGUUGUAAGCCAGAUUCAUGAGCUUCCUGGUCUAUAUGAUAUGAAUUAUGUGCUAGACAAAAGUUUCCAAAAGCACUUAAGCAAGGUUGCGGUGGUGAGAGAACCUGUCUCUGGGAGGAAAAUGGAGCUGUGGUCAAACCAACUUGGUCUGCAGUUCUAUACUAGUGGCCAAUUGAAUGAUACCAAAGGCAAGGAUGGGGCCGUAUACCACAAGUAUGCUGGAAUUGCCUUGGAGACACAGGGUUUCCCAGAUUCUGUGAAUCACCGUUACUUUCCAACACAGAUUGUGAAACCUGGGGAGAUUUACGAGCACAUCAUGCUUUACAGAUUCACAGCUAACUAA